AGCUGUGGCAGCCGCUGCUGCGCGUCGCCAACCUGGACGGUGGCAAGAUGGAUGUACUGAGCAGCCGCCUGCAGGUCAGGGCCAUGGAGCCUCCGACGCAGCCCACCUUCAACGACCUUGACACAGGUGAGUGUGUGCAUGACGGGCAGCACCGGGCGGCGGGGCGUAACACCUUGCUUGGUCAUCACCACUGUCUCUUCCCUAGACGGGGUGUACGAGGGCAGCGGCGUGCGGCUGUCCCUGACACAACGGUUCCUGGCGCGGGUGGCCUGCUACCUAGAGCUGUACUGGUACCCCUUUGACCGGCAGCGGUGCGCCGUGGAGGUGCAGCUGUCGCCCGAGUCUGGCGGCGGCGCGUCGGUGGUGUUCGGGGCCUCGGCGGAGGUGCGGUACACGGGGCCGUACACGCUGGCCAUAUACACGGUGCAGCACGUGGGCCGCGCCGAGGCCGGUCAGAGCAGCCUCAGGGUGGACUUCGAGCUGCACCGCCGGCAGGGCGUCAUCAUGCUCUCCACCUUCCUGCCGUCGGGGCUGCUGCUGCUGGUGAGCUGGGCCACACUCUUCGUGGGCAUCAAGGAGAUGAACGUGCGCUGCAUCAUGUCCCUCACGACGCUCCUCGUCCUCUACACACUCUUCUCCAACAUGUCCCGCUCGCUGCCCGCCACGGCCUCCAUCAAGCUCAUCGACGUGUGGUUCUUCUUCAUCAUCUUCCUGCUCUUCGCCAACAUCGUGGUACACAUCUGUGUCCGCCCCGCAAAGUCCGCCGUCGCCGCCGCCACCACGAAGGUGGAGCUCUUCCUGCCCGCGGAGCCCCAGCCCGCCCCGCCAGAGCCCGCGGCGCCGCGGCUGCUGCGUACGUACAGGCUGCUCGUGCUGCCGCUGAUCGUGGUGCUCUUCAACCUCAUUUUCUGGGUGGCGGUGCUCAUGCAGUGACCGACCCGCACUUCACACA